CCCCGCCACCGACGGGGAGCGCGCAGGCGCAGCCGGCCGGGAGUCCAACCCGCAGCCCGCAGCCCUCCGCGCGCCCAGGUCGCGGUCGCCGCUCGCCAUGGGCCCGGGGCCCCGGCUGCUGCUGCCCCUCGUGCUGUGCGCGGGGCUCGGCGCGCUCGUGCCGUGUGCGGGGGCCUCGGGCGCCCGCAGGCGAGGCCCCACAGUGACUGCCAAGGUCUUCUUUGAUGUGAGGAUUGGAGACAAAGAUGUUGGCAGGAUUGUGAUGGGCCUCUUUGGAAAAGUCGUGCCCAAGACUGUGGAAAAUUUUGUCGCUCUGGCAACAGGAGAGAAAGGAUAUGGAUAUAAAGGAAGCAAAUUUCAUCGUGUCAUCAAAGAUUUCAUGAUUCAAGGAGGAGACUUCACCCACGGAGAUGGCACUGGAGGUGUAAGCAUUUACGGUGAGACAUUUCCUGAUGAGAACUUCAAACUGAAGCAUUAUGGCAUCGGGUGGGUCAGCAUGGCCAAUGCCGGGCCUGACACCAAUGGCUCUCAGUUCUUUAUCACCUUGACCAAGCCCACCUGGCUGGAUGGCAAACACGUCGUAUUUGGAAAAGUCAUCGAUGGAAUGACAGUGGUCCACUCCAUAGAACUCCAGGCAACCGAUGGGCACGACCGCCCUCUCACCGACUGCACCAUCACUAACAGCGGCAGGAUAGAAGUGAAAACGCCCUUCGUGGUGGAGGUCGCUGACUGGUGACCAGCUGGCGGGAAACAAGCACAACACGCUCUGGCAGGGCUGUGCGCACGUGUCUUCUGAUUCAUCAAAGUGACUGUUCUACUUGGGUUUCUCACUUUCUUCUGUUUCCCACCCCAGAUCACAGGAAUGUUAUAAAAACCAACCACUCAAAGUUUAGUUUCCGUGAAUUUUGGUAAAUCAGUUGCUUAGAGACUUUGCACAGAAAAGAUAUAUAUAUCCCCUUCCUCCAGUGGUGCUGUUUUUAAACUAGAAAACUUUGUAUUGGCUUUCUUCUGGAGAACACAAUCAUUAUUUUGCUGAAUUAAUUAUGAUGCCCACGUUGAGUGAGGCUGAAGAUGGGUCUGCAAAAGGCAGGUUCAUGAAGUUCAUUAUUUUGUAUUCAACCAGAAAUUCUUUUCAGGUAAAGGGAGAUUUGAUUAGGAUAAUCUCAUCUAUGUCAUAGGGACUUUUACCUGAUCAAAGGUGCUUUUGUGUUCUCUAUAUUAAAUACUUUUUAUGUAGAUCAAUUCUUCUGGUGAGACUUUUUAAAAUUAAAAUUCUUAGAAUGUACACUUA